UGUGGGUAAACUAAUUGGGCGGCAAACUCGCGCCAGACACCGCAUUGCGUCGUCGUCGUUGUUGUCAUCGCACUGUUAGGCGUUCAGUGUUCAGUGUUCCGAGCCCAGAGACCACAGACCACAGACCAGAGCCCAGUACCAUCGUCAGAGUCGAGUUGGUCUCGAAUCAAAAAAAGAAAAUAGUAGCACUUUUUCGUAUCACUGCUUACCGCUAAAGGUUGCGCGCGGGCCACAACCUCGAUUUGCUCCUCGAAUGACAGAGUUAGAUCACCCACAAAAGUUCCUAUUUCGCAUUUUUCGCGCCAGUUUACCCGCUGCCGAGAUUCAUUCAAGAAGUGGUCCCAACACCUGGACACAUCGUGCAUGUGAUAGCUUCUUAAAAACAAAAAAAAAAGAUACGAAACACAACAGAACUUGGAAAUCAAGUGAUAAAAACCAAACUUAGAUAAAACGCCGGAAGAAACCCAAAAAGAAGAAUUCUGUUUGAUGGUCUGCAAAACUAUCUCAACGAGUUUGAAAAUGCAGCUGAAGAUGGAACAGCAGACAACGCAGCAGCAGCAGCAACAACAGCAGCAGCAGCAGCAGCAACAAUUGCAACAGCAGCAACAGCAGUCGGCUCUGACCAAGCAGGAACUUCAAUUGCUGGACAAGAUUAAGCUUGAGGCUAGCAACGGGGCCGAGCAGCUGUCCGGCAAUCUGGAGGAGCAACAGGAACAGCAGCCAGCAACAUCGGUGGGCGUGGUAGUGCAGACAAGCCAGGCGGGUGUCAGUGAACCAGAAGAGCAGUACGUGGUGCCGCGCAUUCAGCGCGCGCGCAUUCUCACCACAGCGGGCACUCUUGAACUGAACGAAGUUCGCGAGGGUGAGCCCAGCACAAACGCCAGCAACGCUAGCUCGGGAUCUGCUCCGGAUAGUCACAUUGAGUUCCAGCGCAGUGCUCAUCACUCGCCCGGAGCUACCCACUACGUGCAGAUGGCGCCACGAAAUGCAGAGUUGCAGGAACAGGUGGGAAAUGCCGCCGGAGCACCACCGGGUACCAUAUAUACCUAUUCCUCCGGACAGCUUAUCUGCCCCGGCGAUGAUGUGGCUGCCAUUAAAAUCGAAACUAUCGAAAAGGGUGAGACAUCGGGAGAGUCACAGCAACAGCAGCAACAACUCCAGCAGCAGCAGCAAUGUCCAACGCCCAAUGGCGGUAGCUAUGGCGAGACCAUUGUGAUAAGCAAUGCAGCGGAGGCACUGCAUCAUCAGCAGCAGCAGCACCAUCAGCACCAGCAGCAUCAGCAGCACCAACACCACCAGGUUAAUCAGGCAGCCGCCGCAGUGGUAGCAGCGGCGGCAGCCCAAGGUGUCCACCUAGCCACAAGUUCUCAUGGCGGCACCGUUCGCUUCGUCACGGAGGAUGGGCGAUUCACCACUGCAGGACCGGAGACAUCCACUUCGAGUCUGUACUACGAUGCACCAGUGGUGGAUGGGAGUGUUCAAGUCAACGAGGCCAAGACUUACGCCGAUCUGGGCAACGCCUACACCCCCUUCCCGCCCAACCACAGCUUCACCAGCAACAGCUAUCCGGCCGCGUUGCAGCAGGGCAACACCAUCUAUAGUGUUCCGGGCACCGGGCAGUUCCUGACCAAGUCCGAAACUGGUAUAAAUCAACUGCGCCAGGCUGGACCAGCCACUUUCCAGACGAUAGCAUUCAACGACGGCGGCAAUGCCAUCGACAUGUGGCCAUCUCCCGCACCGCCAGAGUACCAGAAUGUGUCCUUUACCAACUUUCAUCCGCAGGUUAUUGAUGAUUAUGCAGCGGGUAACGUGCCCGCUGCCCACUGGUCAGCCGCCAGCAGCAUUGGCCAGUAUGAUGGAAGUUUGGUGUCUGCCUCGUCCACCUCGUCACCCAACCACGACAUCAAGUGCGAUAAUUGCAACGGACCUUUAGCCCGCAAAGGUAAUGAGUAUUUCUGCCACCAAUGCUCACCCUAUAUGAGAGUACCGCGCAUGCCCCAGCGCCAGGCCAAGCCCAAGGCAGCCGUUGCACCCAACAAUCGACGCAACGGGGUAACCUGCGCCAACUGCCAGACCAACUCGACAACGCUUUGGCGUCGCAACAACGAGGGCAAUCCCGUGUGCAACGCAUGCGGGCUGUACUUCAAGCUGCACAACAUGAAUCGCCCGCUUUCGAUGAAGAAGGAGGGCAUCCAGAAGCGGAAGCGGAAGCCAAAGAACAAUGGAGGAGCUCCCAUUCAUCGGGCACCGCUGCCAAGCUUGUUCCUAUUUCCAACGCCAGGCAUGUCCCAAGGAGUCACCCUGAUGGCGAACAAUCCGCUCUAUCCCUCCCAGGUGCCAAUCACCAUGAUGAGUAGCCAGCAGAAUGCCAGUCCGGAGCUGCAUGAUAUGUCGACGACGGGUCCGUCAGGUGGCCAGCGGGGUGUGGCCAUUUCGCUGAACACUUCGGCACCACCAACCUCCGACGGUACCCUCAACAUGUCCGCUCGUCACCACGUGACCGGCGAGAGUCACUCGCCCUACAGCCAACAAUCGACUCCCCAGAGCCAGUCGCCUCACCUGCCAAGCGUUGUGGCGAUAAACCGUCAGAUCGUUCAACCAGUACCCACCAUCGAAAGCGGUCGAAGUUCCAACAGUGAACUGACCCCCAGCGUCAUCACGCGCACUGGACUCCCAGAGAGAUCAUCGAAUAACUAAGAUAAUCCUUACUUAACUACGAACUAAAGUAAUCUAAAGUUAACCUAACCAAAAUGUCAAAGUUGCCAAAAUAUUUAUUUAAGCCCUAUUCUUAGAUAUAUCAAUAUAUAUAUAUAUAUAUAUAUAUAUAGAGCCAAGACCAAUGUCCCAGUUAGAGGAAGACUUAAUGGGUUUCCAAUAGCCAAGAUACUUAAACGUCUUCCUCCUUUUUAGUCAACUGCUUACAGCAACUAGUUUGAAAUGAUUUGUGCCAACUACUUAGGUUCAGAUCGCUGUACUAUAUAUAUAGUUUAGUUAAAAGACAGCACAAGAGCCCAUAAUGAAGUCUACGAUUUUGUAUGUUUAAGCAUCUCUUUUUAAAUUCAACAAAAUAAAUAAGUUGUAAA